AUCUGUCUUCUCUCUCUCUCCGUCUUUCAUCAAUUAAAAGUUUCCUCCUCUCCUUUUGCCACUCACUCUCAUCUCUACACAGAAGAGACAAUCGGAACCCCCUCGACAAGUCUCUCAGCUUAACCACCGUUUUGGCACACAGAUUUGACCGGUAAAAAGGAGUCAUCUGUGUAAUUGAAGGAAGAGGAUGCGCAGGUGGAUCUGUUGUGGGCGUUUUUCAAGAGAUUCAAAUUUAUCGAAUGAUGAGCAACAUCUGAAAACUCAAUGGCAACAACAACAACCUGAUGCAAAUCAAAAGCAAAAACCACAACCUGUUGCAAAACCUGAUGCGCCGCCCAAGGAAGCUCUCCCCAUUGAAGUCCCUCCCUUGUCUGUGGAACAAGUUAAAGAAAAAACCGACAAUUUUGGAUCAAAGUCACUGAUUGGCGAGGGAUCUUACGGAAGGGUGUAUUACGCGACGCUAAACGAUGGUAAAGCAGUGGCUUUGAAGAAACUCGAUGUUGCCCCUGAAGCUGAAACUAACUCCGAGUUCUUGACUCAGGUUUCCAUGGUUUCGAGACUAAAGCAUGAGAAUCUCAUUCAGCUGGUCGGUUACUGCGUCGAUGAGGACCUCCGUGUUCUCGCUUACGAGUUUGCAACGAUGGGAUCGCUGCACGACGUUCUACACGGUAGGAAAGGAGUUCAAGGUGCACAGCCAGGCCCAACGCUCGACUGGAUAACGAGGGUGAAGAUUGCCGUUGAGGCAGCUAGGGGUUUGGAAUACCUUCACGAGAAGGUUCAGCCUCCUGUGAUACACAGAGACGUGAGAUCUAGCAACGUGCUUCUCUUUGAAGACUAUCAAGCCAAAAUUGCUGAUUUUAAUCUUUCGAAUCAAGCUCCUGACAAUGCUGCUCGUCUUCACUCUACCAGAGUCUUGGGCACCUUUGGCUAUCACGCUCCUGAAUAUGCUAUGACUGGACAGUUGACACAGAAGAGUGAUGUGUAUAGCUUUGGGGUUGUACUUCUAGAGCUUUUGACAGGGAGGAAGCCUGUGGAUCAUACAAUGCCACGGGGGCAACAGAGUCUUGUAACAUGGGCUACACCGAGACUCAGUGAAGACAAAGUGAAGCAGUGUGUUGAUCCAAAGCUAAAAGGAGAAUACCCUCCUAAAUCAGUAGCUAAGCUAGCAGCUGUGGCAGCGUUGUGUGUGCAAUACGAAUCUGAGUUUAGACCGAAUAUGAGUAUAGUUGUGAAAGCUUUGCAGCCACUUCUCAAACCUCCAGCUCCAGCUGCUCCAGUUCCUGAAGCCUGAGUUUGUGUUACAGAGUUGGAUACCUUUGUUCAUACCAAGUUAGAUUUUUUUUCGCUGAUUUUGAGUAGACAAAACAAAAAAAUGUAAUAUCAUAUCUUUCUUUAUGGGGAUGGAAUUACUAGUCGGCAUUUUGGUGUGAAAGGAGAGUACUUAGUAGUUUGCAUUUGUUUACGUCUGGAUUGGGAACAGGCUGUUUUGCUUUGCUUUUGUUUGUCUUGGUGGAGAACCACUAUGUAUUUGGGUUUGCUGUUCUUUGGUUUGUCCUUAUGGACGAGGGAAUCAUUUGAGUGUGUUUGGUCUGACUAUAUUGACAACUUUUUCAAGCUA